AUGAGGUAUAUCAAGACAGCACAUGACUUCAAGGCGAACUCAAAGAGGAAACAAGCCUUUGCUGAUUGGACACACUUUGCCAAUGAACCAUUCUUGCCUUCAAGAUCAAAGGUGUCUAGAAUCACUCAUCCAGCCAUUCGCUACGUGCACCGCCUCAUCUCCACCACUUUCCAAUGCAAACAAGAAGCCAACAAGGUCACAACUGAUGAGUUCUACAUCCUCACCACACCAUUCAUCAAGCAUGAGUACAAGGCAAACCUUGGUCUUUUACUUGCCAAGACAUUUAUCAAUGUGAGGAAGCUAGCUAAAGACUUGGAAGGCAACAAGAAGCUUUGUGUUUGUUUUGGGAGGCUUAUCACGGCCAUAGUACACCAUGUGGGGAUUGACAUUCCCAACUAUGAGCCACUACCCAAGCCAACCCCUUUGGAUCUCCAUGCUCUUCAGCAUAUCCACUUCCUAAACCGUUGGACUAAAAACCCAACUCGGUUUUGCUAUGAGUUUCCAAUUGGUCCAGCCAACACUUCCCUUGUCUUGCUGCCACAUGAAGACAUCCCAAGCCUACGCUCAGGAGUUGUCACUUUCCAGCCCAAUGAGGAAGACUUCUAUGUUCUAUCAAGUGAGAAACCAUCAUUCCCCAUGCUCACCUAUCGCACACUUCAGCAUGCAGUCAAGACUCAACGCCGCCUCCAAGAACGCCAUGUUCUAACUACUGGCAUGGCUGCGCACCAAGCUCUAGACCGUGUUAACAAGCUGGAGAAGAUAGUGGAAUGCCAAUCUCGCUUCAUCGGUCAAGGGGGGAGGCGGGGGGGACGGGGGGGCGCCUACAGGGCGGGCGGGGAGCCGCCUCGUAGCGGCGGGGGGCCGGGGCGGCAGGCGCACAACAGGCUCUAG